AUGUGGAAUGCGGGUUUGCCUUGGCACAAUGGUCCAGAUACAUGGAGACCAUAUGCGAAUAAUACGGGUGGCGGAGUUAUGCGAAAUCAUAUGCCACGAAAUGAUUCCAAUUGGCAGAAUGAUCCAUUUUAUGGUAGAUAUAACAAUGUGAAUCCGCCAAGUUUGAUGGCUCAAACAUUCAAUCAACAAUAUGCACGCGCUCCUUAUGCAGUUCCUAAUAUGAAUGCAGUUGCUCGCCAACGCCUUUUAAAAAGUUAGUUUAUACAAUUCUGAUUUAUCAAGUUGAAAUGGAUUUAGACACACAUGUUCCGGGUUUGAAAACAGGACAACAACUACGUGAUUCUAUGCAUCAAAGAAAACGCAAACGAGUCGAAAACUUGUCGAAACGAUUUGAUGUAGCUGUGCUUGAUGUGAAAAUGUUGGUAUUUUCAGAGAAAAUAGAGCUACGUUGGGUGCAUUCGGAAUUCAAACGUAAGAACUAAAAAUUCUUGGUUUUUUCAUAUCCUAUUUUUUUAAGGUAUGGUAAAAUAUGAUAUCACUUAUGUUAAUGUGAAAACAAACGAAGGAAAAUCAAUCGAGCGCAGUCCGACUUCACCCUUUUUCGAUUUCAAAGUUGAAGCUGGAGAAACUUACAGGUAAAAACGAAAACAUUUUUAUUGGAUUUCUGUAAGUGAAAUUUUUAGAAUUGAUAUAAAAUGCAUUUCCACAUCAAAUUCUGAAAUUCUUGCUCAUUGGACAAAAGAAGUUCGCGCAGAAUUCAGUUACAGCGAAUUGAAAACUUUAUACAAUAAAUGCUUGUCAUUUGUAACAAAAAAGUUGAACAAUGAUGUUGAAAUGCAUGAAUUCUGGAUGAUGUAUAGAUGUAAACCAAAAAUUUAUUGGGAUGAAAUUCAUCAUUAUUGUAAUGAUGUGAUGCAAAAAUAUAUCAAAGAUGAUAAUGGCCAACCUGGAAAUCUAAUUAAUGGAAAAAUCAAUGGAUUAUUUUUCUCAGCUCGUUUAAAUCCAAAUCUAACUCUUCCACAACAAUCACCAUUUGGUAAUGUUCGAAUGUGUAUUGAUGCUGUUAGACUUUUGCAUCCAGAUAAACAUAAUAUUUAUUUUGCUGAUUUUUAUUGCAACAAAAAUAUGCAUUAUGUAACAAUUGUUAUUUGCGUCAUAAAUUCGGAAACUGAUAGGUUUUUCUUAAAUUUUUCAAUAAAAAAAUCUAAUUAAAAAUAUUCAGAUAUUGUGCUGAUCGUUUGAUGAAAUUGAAUCCUUUGAACAAUCCAUUUGUUAAAUUGGUUCCACCUACUGCAAGAUUUCAACCAUGGCGUUUCUUCGUUAAUUAUUCAUUAUGGGUGGAAAUGUUGUACACAGAAGAUAUCGAAUUGAACAUCGGACAGUUUUCAGCCAUUCAAGCUCUUGGUGCAGGAACUUCUAGAAUUGGUGGACUUCCUAAUAAUAAAAUUUGCAAUAUUUGCAAUCUUUAUCCAAAACAAACAUCAGAAAACAAAAAGAAUUUGGAAAACAAAGAUGAUACUGAUUCGACAAAAGAAAACGUUGAUAUUAUUGAUGUUGCUCUAACUUCAACACUUUCCGUUAUUCGUGAAACCGUAAGUGCUCAAAAAAUAGUAUUUAGAAGUAACACCCCAAGAUUCUUGAAACAUAUGAAAAUAUCCAUCAUUGAAUCUAUUUUGCAGAACAAUAAUGCUGAUUCGGAUGUCGUUGAUACACUUUGCAGUUUAGUGGAUAGAGUCGAGGAAAAUUGUUUAUCAAUUUCAGAAUUGUGUCAAAAACAAGAUCCAGAAAUUUCUGCUUUUGUAGAAAAAAUGAAUAAAGAAAUUAUAGAAAAUGGAUUUAUAAAUGAGAAGAAAAACGGAGUUUUUGUUAACAUAUCGAAGAAUUUGCUUGAUUUUGUCGAAGAUUUUGAAAGGUAGGUUUUAUUGAUAAAAAAAAACAAUUGCGAGAUAAUAUAAGACGCGAAGUUUGAUUUAUUUUGAUGUAAAACGUGCAAAAUCUUGUAUUUUUAUUUUGAACAUUUUUAAUUUCCACGUCAUUUUCCGAAAAUAUUUUGGAUAAAUUUCCUUUAAAAAAAUCAACUUGUUACAGACGUCGAGAUAAUAUUGUCGAAGAAAUCGAAAAAUUAAGUAAUUCUGAUGUGUAAUUAGAUUUUAUAUAACUAGAAUUUUCCAUAAUUUCCUAAACCGGUAUGUUUUGAUCUCCAGUGAAGUUGAUUUACGUGUAAACUUUUGUUUGGUUAAUGAAUAGAUUUGUUUUAAAGUAUUAUUUUUACUUCAGUGCGGUUGAAUUACCUUUGUAUUCAUAUGAAUUAUAAAAUGUUAUUUGAAAAAAAAUUGACAGUUUUUGUAGAAAUGGAGGAGUUUGUGAAAUGGGCGAAAGGAAGAGGUUAUCAAUUCGAUGGAUUGGAAAUUACAAAACCGCCUGGGGUACUUUUAAAUAAUUAAUAUGAAACUUCAAGUUCAUUAUUUUUUCCAGAAUUGUGGAAAUGGAAUUUAUGCGACGAGAAAUUUUCGACCGGAAAAUAUUAUGAUAUCAAUUCCAGAAUAUGAUAUGAUUACAGCUGGACUGGUUAUCGAUCUUCCUUUUUAUAGAAAAUUGACGAAAAAUAUUGAGGAGAAAAUGAAACCAAUGGAAAUUCUAACAAUGUUUUUCUGUUUUGAAGAUUUGGAAAAAUCAGCUUGGUCUCCAUAUCUCAAGGUUUUGCCACAAACAUUUGAUACUCCUGCAUUUCAAAAAAUUGAUUAUAAUUUACAAGAAUUGCCACUUGAAAUUAGAAAAUACUGGAUUGAUCAGAAAUUGGAGAUUGAACAAAUUACAACAAAAUUACUUCGACUUUUUCCUGAAUUAACAGCAGACAAGAUUUUAUGGGCUUGGCAUGUUGUAAAUACACGAUGUAUUUUUGUUGAAAAUAUUGAACACGAUAAAGUGGAUAAUUCUGAUGGAGAUACAAUUGCUGUUAUUCCAUUUGUUGAUAUGUUAAAUCAUGAUCCAACAGAAUUUCAAGGAAUUGCAUUACAUGAAAAAGUUAAUGGACAAUAUGUUGUGAGAGCGAAAAAAAGUGUUUCUGAAGGUGAUCAAAUAUUUGUUUGUUAUGGACCACAUUCAAAUACUAGAUUAUUAAUUGAAUAUGGAUUCACUGUUCCUGGAAAUAUGAAUACAAAAGUCCUGAUUCCAAAAGGUAGAAUUGUCUUUCAGAAUUCAGUCCAAUAAUUUUUUAUUUACAGAAGUUCUUGUGACUUUGGCUAAGAUAGCUGAAAUUAAAGUAACUCGAGAACACGAAAUGAUUCUCGAUGAAGUUGGUCUUCCAAGUCAUCUUUAUGCAACUGAUGAAGGACCAAGUUGGGCACUCAAAAAUAAUAUUCGAAUACUUUUGUUGGAACAUUGGCAAAUGUAAUAUUUUCAACAUUCUUCAUAAUAUUUUUUUCAUAAAUGAAUUUUCAGGGCUAAUUCGAGGUGGAAGAAAAUAAUAUAUUCACAUGAUCCGAUUGAAGAAGAAGUUGAAAAUAUAAUAGAAGAGAAAUUGAAAAUCAUUCUUACUGAAUUGAAGAAUGGAAUUGUUGAGAAAGCCAAGAAGGUAUUUGAAUUUGUUAGUUUUUUUUCAUUUCAUUAUUUUUGCAGAUGCCAAAAACUGUCAGUUGGAUGUGGGAAGAUCAAAUACGUGUUUGCGAAACAGCCAUAAAAUCAUUAGAUAAUUGA